CAAAAUAUACAUACCGAAAAGAAAAGGAUGUAAAAUUAAUUAAAAAAAAAAAAGGCUUACCAUUGCCCGUGCCCACGCGGCAGAGGAACAACGUCAAGGGAAGUCUUCGGACUCUUUCAAAAAAAAAAAGAAAAAAACCGACCAUUUCAAAAGAAUCCUAUUUUGCGAAUUCAAUGCCGAAAUUACUACUUCUUUUCCGGGAAUCUAAUAAUCCCCUAACCUAAAGAAAUCUUGAGUCUUUCAGUCAACCAUCACGUUCCAACAUCCAAACCCUCUAAAUUUGCUCUGCAACCUCCCCCUAAACCCAAAAUUCAAUGGCUGAUGCGGUGACGGAACCCUAUCUGGGCUCCGAACUGGAAUCGCUGGCCAUACCACCAAUGGAUCCGUUGUAUCUAUCCUCUGAUCUGGGGUUUUCUCUCGACGACAAUGAUGAUUUCCAACUCACCUUCGACGACCUCGACCAACUCUACUUUCCCUCCGAUUCCGAGCACAUGCUCAUCCCCGACUUUUCCGUCACACCCGAAUCCGACGUGGAAAGGCAUCUCAACUCUUCCUCCCCGGAACUUGACAGUUGCAAUGGCCCUGAUUCUUCGGGUAAUUCCCACUCUCCUGUCUCCUCUUUAGGCUCUGGAAAUUGUGGUUCGGCCGUUUCCGAAGCCACAAAUGUUGCCUUCCCCGAUUUCGGAAACAUCGUCGAUCUAAAGGUUAAUGUUGAAGAAAUGGGUAAAAGGCGAGUGUCUAAAAGAAAGAAAGACAAUGAAGAAACUGAUUCCAUCAAGUGUAGAAGAUCAUUGCUGUCCACUGUGAAUUACUCUAACUCCGAUUCUAAUAAUAAUUCGAAUGCGCUGAGCGAAGAGGAGGAGAAAAGGACGGCGAGGCUUAUGAGGAACAGAGAGAGUGCACAGCUGUCAAGGCAGAGGAAGAAGCAUUACGUGGAAGAACUGGAGGAUAAGGUCAGGACUAUGCAUUCUACUAUUGCUGAUUUGAAUGGUAGGAUAGCUUUUUUUAUAACUGAAAAUGCUACCUUGAGACAGCAACUGAGCACUGUUGGUGGUGCUGGAGGUGCAGGCACUGGAGUCUGCCCUCCACAGCCAUUGCCUAUGCCAAUGUAUCCACCAAUGACUUAUCCUUGGAUGCCCUGUGCUCCGCCCUAUAUGAUGAGGCCACCAGGGUCUCAGGUGCCAUUGGUACCUAUUCCUAGAUUGAAACCACAGCAGCAAGCCAUACCAGUUUCCAAGGCUAAAAAGAAAGAGAGCAAAACUAAGAAGGUUGCUAGUGUUAGUUUACUGGGUAUUUUGUUUUUCAUAUUAUUGUUUGGUGGUUUGGUCCCAAUUGUGAACGUUAGAUAUGAUAAUACGCCUGUUGGGUUGGGUUUUGUUGGAGAUGGGUUUUACAAGGUGCAUCGUGGGAGAGUUUUGAGAGUUGAUAGUCAAUUAAAUGGGUCUAAUGAUAGUAGGGAUGCAGUGUUUUCUUAUGGUAAAUUUGACGUUAGCAAUAGAGUUCAUGGUAGAGGAUCACAGUCUGCUGUUGAUCUGAAAGAGAUUGGUGCACACAGUGUACCUGCUUAUAUGGGCAAUGGAAGUGAGCCUCUCAUUGCUUCCUUGUACGUACCGAGAAAUGAUAAGCUUGUGAAAAUUGAUGGCAACCUGAUAAUUCACUCUGUUCUGGCCAGCGAGAAAGCUGUGGCCUCUCAUGAGGCUUCUCAAAUAAAGAAUAAGGAGACAGGUUUGGUGAUCCCUAAGAAUGUCUCUCCAGCAGUUGCAAUUCCUGAUGCCAGAGAGGAUGGAGAAAAGCAUUCACGUGAAUACAGAAAUCCUGCAGAAAGACAGAUGGCUCUUUCUUCAGGUUCUGCUAACGCUUUGAAGGACCAUUUCAAGUCAACUGCUGCUGAUGGUAAGAUGCAGCAGUGGUUCCGGGAAGGAGUGGCAGGACCAAUGUUGAGUUCUGGCAUGUGCACUGAAGUGUUCCAGUUUGAUGUCUCUGCUGCGGGAGCCAUUGUUCCUGCUUCCUCUGUUACCAAUGUUUCUGCAGAACAUAGUCAGAAUGCUACGCAGCUUAACAAGGGAAGAAACAGAAGGAUUCUCCAUGGUCAUCCUGUUUCUCUCUCUGGAUCUGAUCGUAACAUAACCCAAAAGCAUGUUGGAAGAAAUUCUCAAAAGCAAAAAUUUCAAGGUAAUAAAACUGCUUCUUCUAUGGUAGUCUCCGUGCUUAUUGAUCCCAGGGAGGCUGGUAAUGGGGACAUGGAUGAGAUGAUUGUACCCAAGUCGCUUUCUCGGAUCUUUGUUGUUGUGCUUUUAGAUAGUGUCAAGUAUGUUACAUAUUCUUGCGUGCUUCCGCGAUCUGGUCUGCAUUUGGUGACUGCAUAAGGACAAAAAACUAGAUGCUGUAGUGAGAGAAAGGCUUGCUAUUUUGGCUUCUAGUUUCUUCUUUCUAAUAUGAUAUGAUAGACUAAUUAUUAGCCAUAGCGUCUGGGAAUAACUUCUGUAACAUUUUAACCUCCCAAUGUACUUUGGAUUGCUUUUAAUAUCCUUAACUUUGCUAUACCAUGACAAACCGCUGUACUAAUAUGGAAAUAUUUGCUCAAAUUUAGAGCCAUGCCAUAAUGCCAUCUGCUCAUCUGUAUGGAAAAGUUUGGAGCUAUACUUUUACAUUAUGUUUGGUUGGAAGGACAAUAGAAGGAAAAGAAAAAAUAAAGAAAGGG